UUCGAUGGGCUCCGCCACCGCGAGCAAGCACCACCCGGCGCCGGCGAGGUCGAUGAAGCGCGACCCCUCGGCGGAGCUCCUUGAAAGCCUCGACGCUAGCCACAACCCUGCUUUGGCUCCUGAUCCUGGUGCCGUCGAUCUGAUGGACUGUGGGGACGGGGACGAGGACGAGGGGCUCAGGACCGCGGUGUUUCUCUCCCGGGAGGAGGUUCUUCGGCGGCGAUCUAGGAGGUUGAAGCGGCUGGCAAAGUAUUACAAGGAUCAGUAUUGGGCGUUGUUGGAGGAGGUGAAGGUGAGACAUCGGCAUUAUUACUGGGACUUUGGGAAGAGUCCGUUUGUAGGGGAGGAUAGGGAGAGUGGUGGAAAUGAGGGGGGCGCGGUGGAGGGGAGUGACGAGAGGGGGUUUGGGGCUGGGGAUGGGGGGAAGAAGGGGGAGAGGGAGAGAUGUGGGGUUUCUGGGUGUAAGGCUUGUGCGAUGCCGUUGACGAGGUUUUGCCACUCCCACAUAUUGUUGGAUGGGAAGCAGACGCUUUACAAGGCUUGUAGUUAUGUGAUUAAGAGUGCGCAAAGUGGGCAAAUUAUUUGCGGGAAACCUGUGCUUAGAGCUGCUGUCCCCUCUCUCUGCCUUAAUCACUUUCAGAAGGCUCAGAAACAUGUAUCUCAAGCUUUAAAGAAGGCUGGUCUUAAUGUAUCAUCUUCAAGUAGACCUCCUCCAAAAUUUCAUAUUAUAAUGGCUGAAUAUGUGCGCCAAAUUCAAGCUAAAAGAAGAGAAGCUUUGAAUACUACCAUUGAGACUGUCAGAGAUGAGGAUGAAAAGAUCUGCUGAAAUUUCUGUACUUACGGUGAUCUUAUUGUAUACAUGAGAACCUUAGAUGGAGGUCUCAUGAAUCAGAUUGAGCUGGAUGCCAUUUACGCGGAUGCAGGUUAUUCCUCCCCUGGGAAAAUUCGCUAUUUACUAAGCUUAGCUUGUGAACCCCAUGCUGCCAUGCUCUUCCCAAGCAUAAAUUUCCUAUGAUUAUCUAGAACGGGUCCUGCCCAUGUCAACUGUGUGGCACUAUCGAUCAUCUCGCAUGGGACUCAUCUUCAGCACGGCACGCCCUUGGACAGCACAACUACCAUCCAUUUAAACUGCACUAGUGCUAUGAGAUGAGGUGUGUGUUGAUGAAGGUCUUGCCCUCUUUUUUCUGAACAAAGGCAUUAAUAGAUGUAUGGAUGGAGGCAUGAUGGCUUGCUUCUUAUAACUGUUCCUGCUCUGAAAAGCAGAAGCUUGUAUUUAUGAGGCAAAUUUUUUUUUUCCUUGUACCAAAAAUCUUAGCUGUGAAUAUGAUUGAUUAUUCCCUCAGCAUCCACCUGCUGUGUAUUUUUGUAAAUUCAAGAAAACAGUCUUUGUUAUGUCUGUGCUAUAAAUUCCUAAAUUUGUUUGUUCC